AUGGUGCGAAAUAAAAAUAUGAACAGCAAUGUGGAUUUGUGUGUUAAUCAUGUUGACAUAAACAACACUUAUGUGGAUAUAUUAAAUAUUCACGAAACUUUAGUAAAUCAUAUUCAAGCAAUAGCUCCUCAAUUUUACAAUUUAGUGGAAACAAAUUUUAAUUUAAAAAAUGAAACAAAUGAAAUCAUAAAAAAUGUAGGUCAUGACAGUAACAGUGGUAGUAGUGACAAUAAUAAUAAUAGCUACAUUAACCCAUGUAAUAAUAAUUUUUCAUUAAAAAAAAAUAUCACACAUCCAAUUAAUAAUAAUGAUAAAGAUAAUAUAAAUUUUUCAAACAACCCUCAUAUAUACAAUUUAUAUACAAAUAAUUAUAUUCCUAAUUAUUACAACUAUAAUAGUGCAACAUUAAAUGCGGACGAAAUUUCCAACAAACAUGAUGAAUAUAAUAAUUAUGAUAUUAGUGACAAAAAAAUAUUAAUGAGCAAUAAUCUUUUAUAUAAAAAAAAUAAAACAGAACAAAUAAUAAAAUUAAAAGAACAGAAUGAUUGUUUUAUAAAUACAACAUAUGGUAAUUAUGAUAGUAUUAAUAAACGUGUUUUAAAAAAUACGAAUGAACAGAAAAAACAGUUAUAUGAAUGUUCUAAUAUUUGUAAAACUGCAAUUAAUAUUGAUCAUGUAAAUAAUACAAUUUAUUCGAGACAGCUAACUGCUAAUAUAAAUGAUAGUAAUGCUGCCAAUUCAGAAAAUUUUACUCAAAUGCACACAAGUCAAAAAAACAAAGAAUGUAUUAAGAAUAUACAAUAUUCUCCAUAUUAUUUACAUAUCAAUGAUCAAGAUCAAAUAAUUGAUAACAACAUAAAUGGCAUUGUUUCUCUUGGUAAACAAGUUCGAAAUUGUGACACUGAAUAUUUAAGAGGGUGUAAUGUUACAAAAUUUGAAAAAGAAAUUAAAAAUUGUGAAAAUAUGGAAAAAUAUGUUAAUUGCAAUAAUCAUAAUGAUUUAAGAAUGGGAACACACUCAAAAUUUGAGACUCAGUAUUGUGCCAAUUGCUCUAAUUUUAAAAAAAAUAUGAUAAAAAUAAAUAAUAUACAAAAUUGCUUAAAAAAUACAUGCAUAAGUCAUAAUUACAUGAACAAGUCAGGUAAAAAUGAAAAAUAUGAAAAUGUUCAUACAUUAAAUAGUGAUGAAAAUGGUAAGGACAAUUUCGAUUAUGAAAAUUUUUUUCCAAACAAUUUGAAUAAUACUUAUGUUGGUGGCAAUCUAGAAGCCUAUGGUACCAAAUUAUCAAGAUAUGAUAUAAACACACGUAAAGAUAAUAAAAAAUAUAAUGAAAUAAUUAAUAGUUAUAAUUUUUCAAAAAAUGACCAACAAAUAUAUAAACCAAUUUAUUAUAAUAAUUGUGACACAAAUGAUGACAUAGAUUUUCCAAAGGAUAACAACCAGUCUAAUAAAACUAUUCCAAAUAUAUGUGAUGAAAAUAUUUUAUUUAAUAAAUUAAAUAAAGAUAACUAUAUUCAAAUGGCAGAAGAAAUAAUAAAUUAUGUACAUGCAGGCAAAAUGCAAUUUGAUUUUUUAAAAAAUGAAACAAACUCUAGAUUAUCAACUGGGGAGGAAAAUAAUAUAUAUAAAUUUGAAUCAGAUAUUUUAUUUGGUCAUCAAAAUUAUAAUAAUAUAGAAAAUAUGCAAUGUGAUAAUUAUUAUUCAAAUCAUAGUUCUAAAGAGGAUAAUAAUUCAAAUGAACAAGAUAGUCGAACUAAUAGAUAUGACGAUAAAAAUAAUAGUCAAAGUAACAAUAAUGAUACAACAAAUGGGGGAGGUAUAGGAAUUGGAUUGAAUAAUAAAAACACAAGUAGCAGCAAUGAUGAUGGGAAUGAUGAUGAUGAUAAAAGUCGAGAUGGUGAUAAACAAAAUUACAAUUAUCAUGAAAUAGAUGAUGAAGAAGUGGAAGAUCAAAAUGAAGAUGACAAAAAAGAUCAAGAUGACGAAAUAGACGAUAAACAAAAUGAUGAGUUAAAUGAUAAGGGAAAUAGCGCCGAGCAAAUUGCUACACACACUACUAUGAAUAACAGUGAUAAUAAUAACAAUAUUCAAACUAGUAACCAUCAAGUUUACGAUUCCAAAAAUGGUGUGGUACCGAAAAUAAAUGGACAAAGGGUUGCUCCUAACGACAAUAGUAACAAUAAUUAUACGGCUUAUAAUAAAAUUUAUGCUAAUGAUAGCACUUUCAUGGAUGCACACAUAUAUGAUAGAAAUGUCGACACAGAUUCGGUUAACAAUUUUACUGAUUCAAAUGUGGGAAACAACCAAGAAAAUAUAAAUAUAUUAAAUAAACAUAAUAAUACUACUAAUAUGAGUGAAGGAAAUUAUUUUGGGAAUGAUGGAAGAACUAGCUAUACCAAUCGUAAUAGUAGUGGUAAUGUAAAUUUUCCUGACCAUGUUCAGAAUCGUUUUUCUAAAAGUAACAUAAAUAAUGUGCACAUAUUAAAUGGAAAUAAAAAUGAUAAUUCAUUUCGAAAUAUAAAAAAAAAUUCAAUUAAUGAUAUAACUAUGAAUGUUCAUAAUUAUAAUAAUGAAGUUGGUACAGAUUUUCCACACAAUUUUCCAGGGAAAUAUUCAGGCAAUUAUCCAAGUAAUUAUUCGAGCAAUAUUUCACAAAAUUUUCCACCCAACUUUUCAAAUAAUGAUAUGCAUAAUACAUGUGACAAUAUAUAUAAUAAUUAUAACAUAAAUACAAAUGACCAAAAUAAUAAAUGUAUAAAUGAUAUUAAUAAAAAUUGUGUAGAAUCCGAUUUAAUUAAAUUUACAAAUAAUACAUAUGUCGAUAUUCAUAAAAUUAUAAAAAAUGAUGAUAUGCUAAAAAUGGAAUUUACAAAAAUGGAAGAUUGCUUUAAAAAUGUCCCACUACCAAAUAAAAUUUCCAGCAUUGAUGGAGUAAAAGUAUCUGGUGAUAAUGCAACAGAUCCUAGUCUUGAUAAGAUGCGAAUAAAUAAUAAAACAAAUCCCAUAGUGCGUAAUGGAAUUAAUACAUAUAAUAAUGGAGGGUCUAAGGGGAAGUCAAAAAAUAAUUCUAAGGAUAAUGAUAUGUCUAGAAUGUAUGACAACUAUAAACAAUUAUUAACAAUAGAUGAUACUAUGAUAGAUGGAUAUAAUAAUCAGAAUUUCGAUGAAUUAUAUUUUCUUCAAAAUAAUAAUAUUCAUCCUAAUGUCUUAAAUAAUGAUAUGAUUAAUGAUAGUAUAGUAAAUAAUAAUAUCGAAAAAAUAAUUGAUAUUAUGAAUAUCAAUAAUGAAAAUAUAAUAAAUAAAAAUAUGCCAUUUGAAGGAGGUGGGAAUAUUAUUCCUUCCAUUCCUGGUGGUACUGGUUUUGUUGGUUCGGCAGUAGAUGUGCCCAAUUCUCAUUUAGCUAAUGCAUCUAAUCAGAUCAUGAUUAACAACAGAUCAAAUUGUAAUUCAAGAGAAAAUUUAAAGACCCCACAUAACAAUAUUUCACAAAUUUUACAACAAAAUGCAUAUAUACAAGGAAAAGAUAAAAAAAGAAAAAUAAAUUGUAUCAAUGCGAAUAAUGAAAAUCCAUGUGGAAUUAUAAACAAAAUGGAUAGCAUGAAAGAUUGUGGAAUUUUAAAAGAAUUUGAUGAUAAUAAAUCUGUAAACACUAAUAAUGGAAAUAGUACUAGAUAUAAUAAAGAUAAAAAAAAAAUAUAUCAAAAAAUGGAUAUAAGAAUGUUAAAUAAAACUGUACAAAAAAAUAAAGAAAUAUGUACAAACUGUUAUAUACAUUAUGAUCAUUCAAAAUCAAGUUAUAUAUUAACAUUUAUUAAUAGGAAACAAAAAAAGCAAAGAAAAAUAUUCCCUGUAGAACCAAAUGAAAAAGAUGAACCUUAUAUAAUAAAAAUUAUAAAUUAUAUAAAUAAAUUAAAAGAAGAAAAUAAAAUUUAUGGAAUCAAUGCAAAUGGAAAUAUGAAAGAAAUAGAGGAAGGGAAAAAUAGCUUAGAAUAUAACAAACAGCCACUUGUUGACUUUUCGAACAACCCUCACAGAAGCAGUAUAAUAAAACCUGUAAUAAAUAAUGUUAGAAUUGAAAAUACUAUUGAUAAUAAUAAAAGAAAUAGUAUGUAUGCAAUUCCUGAAGGAAAUAGAAAUAACAAUUAUUUUGAUGCACGAAAUAGCUCAAAUCUUGGUGUGUAUAUUAAUCCAAAACAAUUUCCAAAUACCAAACCUAUCCAUAAUGAACAACAAUAUGGAGAAGAUGGAAAUUUAAUAAUUAAAAAAAAAAAUAAUAAUAAUCCAUGGAUUAAUAAUAUGAGAUCAGGAAAUAAUUUCACUAAACAAUUUGCAAAAAUGCCAUAUAUUCAACCAAAUAAUAUGAAUUAUGCACACAAUGAUAUAGCUAAUAUUAAUAACAGAGGUAAUAAUUUUAUAAAACCUUUAAAUUAUUAUGAUAAUAUUCCAGCUAGCCAAAAUAUGGAUUAUAUGAAUUAUAAUAUGGUUAAUAAUACGUGUGCAGAAGAAAAACAGCCAAUUAACAUGUUUUAUGAUCACGACAAUAGUAAUAAUAAUAAUAAUGGUGGAAAUGGAAACGGGUCGAAACAAGUCGAUGAAAAUUAUGUAUCAGAUAUAAAUAUUAUUCAUAAUAUGAAUCCUGAAAUAGCUAGCAACUUAAAUGGUGGAAUUAAUCAAAAUAUGAGAAUGGCCAAUAUAAAUUAUGUACCAAACAUAAAUGAAAAUUGUAAUCGUAUAAAUAGUGUACCCUUACAUAUGAAUCAUAACAUGAAUAAUCAUUUUCAUUCAAAUAUGAGUGAUAUCAAUAAUAACACCUAUGGUAAUAAUUUUUAUGAUAACGUUUCGUCUGAUGUAAAUGGAAAAAAUAAUAUAUAUCCUUUUUCAAAUAUGAAAGGGAUGAAUAUUAUAAAUGCUAAUAAUAAUCCACACUCAUCUAUUUCUUCAUCGGGUUGUGGAACUAUUCCAGCUAAUCCAUCAGCUCCUAACAAUUCUAUUCAAAAUAGCCAACACAACAAUACUAACAAUUUGCUAAUAAACCAAAACGAAGAAUAUCAUUCAGCUAAUAUUAUGAAUAAUAUGAAUUAUAACAUGUAUUCUGGAAAUAUGUCAAGUAAUGAUGAUAGUGAAAUGAUAAAAAAUUAUAACAAUAUAAUAAAUGAUUAUCAAAGAAAUAUGUAUAAUUCAGGUAGUUAUGGUGCCCCUAAUAGUAUGGAAUCCAUUUUGUCCCUUAGAGGGGGAAGUGUGCAUAAUAACGAGUAA